AUGGGGAGGUCUCCUUGUUGUGAUGAAAAUGGUCUAAAGAAAGGGCCUUGGACUCCUGAAGAAGAUCAAAAGCUCAUUGAUUACAUUCAUAAACAUGGCCAUGGAAGCUGGAGAGCCCUCCCCAAACUCGCAGAUUUGAACCGGUGUGGAAAGAGUUGUAGACUGAGGUGGACAAAUUAUUUGAGACCAGAUAUCAAAAGAGGCAAGUUUUCCGCGGAGGAAGAGCAAACAAUUCUCCAUCUUCACUCCAUUCUCGGGAAUAAAUGGUCCGCUAUCGCGACACAUUUGGAAGGACGUACAGAUAAUGAGAUCAAGAACUUUUGGAACACACAUCUAAAGAAGAAAUUGAUCCAAAUGGGGAUCGAUCCCGUGACUCAUCAGCCAAGAACCGACCUCUUUGCAAGCUUACCUCAGCUCAUAGCUUUGGCAAACCUAAAAGACCUCAUUGAACAAACAUCCCAGUUCUCAUCCAUUCAAGCCGAGGCAGCUCAACUAGCAAAGCUACAAUAUCUCCAAUCUAUGCUUAAUUCUUCGGCUCCAUUAUCCAACAACAACAACAAUAGCCCGAGUAGUAUUCUCGAUAUCGAUCAAAACCAUGCAAUGAACCUCUUAAACUCCAUGGUCUCUUGGAAUAAAGACCAAAACCCGAAUUCUGAACUCCAUGCUAAUGAUCAAAAUCAAGGUUUAUUCCUACCCGGGUCCAUCGACAAUCCAACCACCCAACCACUCCAACAACAACAAUACCAUUUAAACAAUAGUCAUCCUAGUGAGCUACCAUCACAAGGUGACCCACUUCUUGAUCAUGUCCCUUUCAAUCUCCAAACACCUUUGAAUAGUGAAGAUCACUUUAUAGACCAUUUGGUCAAACAUCCAAUUAAUCAUGAUAAUGAUGAUCCAUCUUCAUGGAUACUACCUUCUCUUCUGGACCACAACCCUAACAAUGCUACGCCUUCUCUUCCUCACAACAAUCCGGCGGAUGCAAGCAGCAGCUCAAGCUAUGGCGGUGAAGACGCUGCGUCGCUUUAUUGGCCUGACUUUUGUUUCGACGAAAGCCUCAUCAAUGAUAUUUCUUAA